AUGGCCGCCCCAUUCAAUAAGAACAGCGCUCCGUCGCAAUCCAGUGCGCCCCCAUCCUCGGGAACAACCGCGACUGCUCGACUGGAACGGACUCAUCCAGGAGUACGUCGAUCAACGCCCGACUCCGAUGCGUUGGCUUCGUCGGAUGACGAUGGUGACCACAUUGCACCUAAUACCAUAGCUCCCCCAACGAAGCCCGUGCGCAGAACAUCGUGGUUGAAUGAGAUUCCACUGUCGGCCCAGCGCAAGCAUUCUCUACCAGGAGGCCCUUUGACUUCUGGGCCCUCUAAUCCCGCCAGCCCUUCGAGCGAGCAAGGUCCAUGGGUCUCCAGCACAACCAGUCCAGGUCUGACUGGAUCCUUCAACUGGAACCAAGGUGGCGGCAGCUCCUUUCCCUGGAGCAACGCCAUCUGGAAUUCAGAGUCUCGAAAAGAGCCUCCCUCGCGCCUGUCUGAGCUCGUGCCCUCUCCCACGAUGACCACCCCGACACUUGCGAGUAGCACUUUGGGCGAAGAGUUGUUCAGUCCGGUCACUCGCACGACCUCGGGUGAAUCAGCCAUUCCGUUCUCCAUCCCCCUGCAUCCCACUCCGAAGACUUAUCGCUCGCAAUCGUACUCUGUCGGCCAGAUGGAUCCCGAAUAUUUGGCGAUGAUGACCAGCAAGCACGGUGCUGGUGCCCAGUAUCUUGUGAACCGUGCGCGGGGACCGAGUCAACUGGCGUCGGGACAGCCUCGCGCAUCGAGGCCUAGCGUCUUGGGCGAACUGGGCCACGACCCGGCCAUGCUUGGCCGUGUCCGGGAAGACGAUGAUGACGAGAGCCCUCCCGGCUCCAACGACGAUUCCAGCUUCUCUGCCAGUCAGGCUCGCACCAUUGAGCAACUCGCCCGAGAGAACGCUAUUCUACGCCAGCAAGCCGCCGCCGGAAACCUGGACGGCCGUUUCCGUGAUCGGGCAUCUUCAUCUGCGGGUGUCAUCAAUGGUCUCCACACGGCUCACCGUCUUCGAAGUGGCCUUCCAGAAGAGGAGGUGGCAGUCGAAGAGCUUGGCGAAUUGCGAGACAUUCAAGGAUACGGCAACAUGCGUGGCGGAGCAAGACGUCGAUUUUCGGAGCAUUCGGCGAACCUGGAACCUCAGUUUGCCGCGUUGUCUUCGCCUUUGGAAAAUCGAGCCCUGGAGAAUGUGCGGAAGGCGCAUUGGCAAACUUCCCUGGGCUUCCCGGGUGCUGCAGAUUUGCCCCAGAGCCGUCGCCACUCCUUCGCAGAUAUCCCUGUCCGGCAUGGCUCAAUUCCCUCCCUUGACACUCACGCGGCAGCAGCUGCAGCAGCCGCUGCUCGCGCUGCUUCGGGAGAACGAGAUGAUGGCUAUGGUCAUCUGAAUGACUACCCGGCCUCGCCCUUGCAAGCCCGUGAGUCUUCACGAUACCUUUCCUUCCCCUCUGUUACUGACGCAAAUCUUUCAGAGCCCUACUAUUCACGUGAACAAACCCUGCGUAACGACGGCACCUCCGGCAUUCCUGCCCCUGUCAACCAAUACGCCCUUUCAGGCAGUUACGGUCGCCAGCCAGCCGGCUUCUCUCAGGGCCCGCAGCUUCUUUACGUUGUGACAUUCAAGUGUCACCGAGCAGAUGUCUUCUACAUCCAAGAAGAUACUGGUCUUCAGGUGAAAGCUGGUGACCUCGUCAUCGUUGAAGCUGACCGAGGUACCGAUUUGGGCACCGUCCAACACGCCAACGUCUCUCUUCAAAAGGCCCGGGAGCUCAAACAGCAGUACGCGGAAGAGCAUUACAAGUGUCUGAUGAUGUUUUCGCGCCAGGGUCAGCUUGAAGGAUUCAAUCCAAGCGGCACUGGAUUCGGCCCACGCAGUGCCAUGGGAGGCAUGGGACCCCAUGCUCAUGGGGUGCAGGAAACCGCCGCGGAGAUCAAACCCAAACUGAUCAAACGUCUGGCUCAACAACACGAGAUCCUUACACUUCGCGACAAGGAAGGGAACGAGGCCAAAGCCAAGCGAGUUUGUCAGCAGAAAGUGGUUGAUCAUCGUCUUAACAUGGAGAUUCUGGAUGCCGAAUUUCAAAUGGACUGGAAAAAACUUACCUUCUAUUACUUUGCCGAUUCGUACAUCAACUUCAACUCCUUGGUUACCGAUCUGUUCAAGAUUUACAAAACUCGAAUCUGGAUGUCCGCGAUCAACCCUGCCUCGUUCGUGACACCACCCACGGCAGGCUUGUCGGGCUCGUCUGUUGGCAUGAGUAGCCAGGCCUACAAUCCAGACCCAGCUCACUAUGACCGCCGCCUUCAAUCUCACGCUCGGGGAUACCCCGUGCCCCGCGAGGACGUCACGCGCGAAGGGAUGGCAACCCCGGUUGGUCUGGUCCAAACUCCGUAUGCGGACACCUAUUCCGCCUUUGCUCCGUCCGCUCGGCCGUACGAAGCACCAGCGGCCGCUGAUUCCUUUGGUCCUUACUCACCAACCAACUUUGGGCCUAUGGAAACGGGCCUCUCUGACUAUUCGGCCGCCGGUAUGACUCCCACCGGCCCAGUCCGCAUGCCCACGGCGCAUGGCGAAUGGGUCAGCCGUUUCCAAGGACUUUCGCUGAACUCUUGA